AUGACGAAGGGGUCUGAAUUUCUCCCUCCCUACUCCCCUCCCUCCUCUCCAGGCCCCCAAAACGCCGUCCCUCACCAAUCUCGUACUCCCGGACCUGACAUUCAACCAUGUCUAUCAAGUCCACCACCACCAGCAGCUAUGGGCAAACCCACCUUCAAGGGCUCCGGCCCAUGUCCUCCUCCACCAGCGCUUCCUGGGCAAGCAUUCUUCCCUCCAGGCCAAGGCCCUGGGCCCGGGCCGGCGUACCCAAUGCCAGGACCAAUGCCGAUGUGUCCCUAUCCGUAUUUCUAUCAGCCGCUGCCGAUAGGAUACAUGCCGCCGCCACCGGUGCAGGAGGAGAAGAAGGAGAGUGAUUGCUGGAAGUGGGCGCUCAUGUUGAUCUGUCUUCCGAUUGCGUGUUUCUCUGCGUAAUCGGGCAGUUGGAAAAGGCUGAUGCCGCACAAAAAGCCACACGAGACCCAGAAGUUCCAGAAGCUCAGGAGGAAAGCUGUCUGUCCGGUGUAUCGCUAG